GUAUCAUUAACAUGCUGCUUUAUUUUCACAGAGUAAGGACCAAAUCAGGACUAACUGAGAACAUGCUUUCCAACAAGCUACGCUUUGAUAGUAGGAUUAUAUCGAGAAAUGGUCAUGAUGCUUGUAGGGAGUUGAUUGGAUUUUUUUUUGCAUGUGACAAAUCCCUUACUGUGUAUGAAUAUCGACAGUUUGGAAAAAACAGAACAAAUGCCUUGCCUUUCAUUCAGAAGGGAGUUUAUCAACAUCAACGUGGACAAAGAAAGGGAAAAGCUUAUGAUCUUAGUGACUUCUACAUUGUAAGUAUUCUUCUGCUGAAUAUCUUUUUUUGGAG